AUGUCUCGUCCUGAAGAAUUAGCACCACCGGAAAUCUUCUACAAUGAUUCUGAGUCGAAGAAGUACACUUCCUCGACAAGAGUGCAGCAUAUUCAAGCCAAAAUGACGCUUCGUGCAUUAGAACUAUUGAAUAUCCCAGAUAACAGUUUUAUACUUGAUAUUGGUUGCGGUUCAGGGUUGAGUGGUGAAAUUCUCAGUGAAGAAGGUAAUCACAUCUGGUGUGGCCUUGAUAUUUCGCCCAGCAUGUUGGCUACAGGGUUAACUAGAGAUCUAGAAGGUGAUUUGAUGUUGCAAGAUAUGGGGCUGGGAAUACCGUUCCGUGCUGGUACGUUUGAUGCUGCCAUUAGUAUUAGUGCUAUUCAGUGGCUUUGUAAUGCUGAUACUUCAUAUAACGAUCCAAAGAGAAGACUUAUGAGAUUUUUUAAUACACUCUUCGCUUCAUUGAAGAAAGGUGGUAAGUUUGCUGCUCAAUUUUAUCCAAAGAAUGACGAUCAAAUUGAUCAAAUUUUACAGACUGCAAAAGUGGCAGGUUUCAGUGGUGGUCUUGUGAUCGAUGAUCCUGAAUCUAAGAAAAAUAAGAAAUAUUACCUUGUUUUGACGUCCGGUGCCCCAAGAGCAGGUGAAGAACAAGUCAAUUUACAUGGUGUUACCAUGGAUGCUCAGGAAUCGGAUGGUAUUGCACGUAAGAGAUUAAGAAAGGGCAAAGAAAUGGAAUCUUCCAAGAAUUUUAUUUUGAGGAAAAAGGAAUUGAUGAAAAGGCGUGGUAGACAAGUUGCUAAGGAUUCUAAAUUUACAGGUAGAAAGAGAAGACCAAGAUUUUGA